CCAGUGAUGGAAGUCGACGAGUCGGAACAUUCAGGUCGUGGUUUUCGUCAGCGUAAAGGCAGAACCAGUCCGAUGUGUUGUCCUAUCUGUGGAGUAACGCUCCGGGUGCACGAAAUAGAUCAUCAUUUUGCGGUCGAGGUAGACCGUUUGGAGCGUAUCCUGAAGCCGAAGAAACAGCUUCCUUACGGUGGUGGUUUGGAGGAUGGAACGAACACAGCCGGACCAAGCUACAGCAAUGGAGAAGGACCUAGUCAUAGUGGCAGCGGCAACAGCAGCACGGCCGCGUCUCGAUCGAAUGGCCACAACAGUGAGGAGAAUGUGACUAGUUCUAUCGGUCCGGAUGAAUGCUGGGGAACGUAUCAGAAGAUCAAAAACAAUCGACAAGCAAGAUUGAAGCUCAAAUCAAGAAAACGUAAACCAGAGGAUAAUGUGUGUCCCAUCUGCAACAAAGUUACCCUGGACGAUAUUACGCUGCAUGUCGAGGCUUGUCUGCGAAAAUCCGAAUCCCAACGAAAUGGCGCCAACCCAGCGAACAACGGGAGUGAGGAAGAUGACGACGAUGAUGAUGAUGCCAGCAUUGACGUUGAGGGUGAGUCGUUCGAUGUGUACGAGUGGGCUGGACAGAAGCGAGUGCGGGCAACGGGCUUGCUAGGGGCGGGCACACUUGGCGGGCUCGGUGUACGCAUUACCAACGCGGACGAUACGGACGACGAGCUGAACGUGGAUGGCGAUGAAAGCCAGGUAUACGGACCACCACAGUACUCGGAGCGGGAUGUAAUUGUAACAGGGCGCAGUGCACCCGGUAGCAGUGCGCUGCGAGAGCUACUAAUUGCCAACGAUCCACAAACGGUCAAACCACCGACAUUGGUUGGUAGUGGUGGUGGAGGUGGUACUGGUACUGGUGGUAGUGGUGGAGGUGUUACUGGUGGUGGUGAGGUGGAAGCGGGCAGUUCGGGUACGGAAAGUCGCCUCGUUGAAUCUUUGAAGGCCAAAGUUCGCGAAUACGAAGGGUACAUACGUAAUCGACCCAAGUGUCUCAUCUGCAUGGAUGAUUUUCGAAAACCCAUUGUAUCGGUUUGCUGUUGGCACGUUUACUGCGAAGAAUGUUGGCUGCACACGCUCGGAGCGAAGAAGCUAUGCCCGCAGUGCAGUAUGAUCACGUCGCCGACUGAUCUUCGGAGGAUUUAUCUUUAAU